AUGGACCUUUACCGAGCUACAUUCGCUGGAUCGCUGCUGCUCAAUGCACUCGCCUUCUACCAGUCGCACCGCUCACGGAAGGCGGCGGUCGUAGAGACCGUGACUACGGACAAGAAGGAUGAACACGAACAUGUAGAGCCUGAUAUGGAGGGCCUGAGCAAGUUAAAGAAGCGUUUCUUUCCUAUUUAUUUGCUGGUCAAUGCGGCGGACUGGCUUCAAGGACCAUACAUAUACCCAAUCUAUAAGGACGAGAAAGGACUUCCCGAAGAAACAGUCGCAUUCCUAUUCCUCAUAGGAUUCAUCUCGGCCGGCAUAUCCGCAUCUUUCGUAGGCACACUCGCAGACCGAUACGGGCGCAAAACAGCAUGCUUAGGAUACUGCGCUCUUUAUUCUAUAUCAUGCGCCACCCUCCUGUCCGACAACAUCUACGUUCUCUUCUUCGGUCGCAUCCUGGGUGGUGUGUGCGGAACCGUCCUUUGGAGCGUCUUCGAAAGCUGGAUGGUCGCUGAGUUCAACCAGCUCAUGCUCCCAGACAGCGAACCCCAUCUGAGCGCGAUAUUUAGCACGAUGACUACUUCCAACACAUGUGUAGCGAUCGGUGCAGGUAUCUUCGCUGAAUGGGCGGUCAGAAUGACAGGCACAGCAAAGGCACCGUUCAUGGCUUCCAUUGGCUGCUUGACCCUGUCUUUUCUUGCUAUUUCAAGAUACUGGGGAGAGAACUAUGGGACGAGCAGCCGGAGAGCGUCAGAGACUGAGGGGCUGCUUCAGCAGGAAGAGGCUACUCCAGCUCCUCCAGCCACGUCCGCUCUCCGAACGAUUCUGCGAGAUCGCAACAUUAUGAUGCUCGCAUUGGUAUCAGGAUUCUUCGAGGGGUCCCUUUUCCUGUUCAUUUUCUUCAAAUUCCCAGCAUUGAAGCUCAGCCAUAAACUGGCGGGCUCAACAGAUGAACUUCCUUUUGGUCUCAUCUUCGCCAUCUUGAUGUGUUCUAUGAUGUUUGGCUCCCUACUUUACAAACACCUCUCUACAUCUGCAACACCUGUGCCGGCGCAAAAGAUGCUGACAGGCAUCCUGGCUCUUUCAUCCGCCUGUUUCUUUGUUCCUGGGCACUUCCGCGACGAGCGCGUUACAUUAUGGUGCUUCUGCAUCUUCGAGCUAUGCUGCGGAGUUUACUACCCCGCAAUGGGCUCGUUGAAGAGUAAGCUUGUUGAGGACGGCUCAAGAGCCAGCAUUUACGGCAUUCUUCGAAUUCCACUGAACGUGUUUGUUGUGCUUGCUUUGAGUACCACGAAAGAAGGCGAAGCGCAUCGCGAUACGGUGUUUACCACUUGCAGUGUGCUCCUGGUGGCGGCUGCAAUAGUCGUUCACAAGACACUGACAUGA